AUGGAUAUGGUCGGCGGCAGUGCCCAGAGCGCCGUGGACUCGCUCCUCGGCCGCCUCUCGUCGGUGUUGGUGGAGGAGGCGCAGCUGCUGCGCAACGUGCACGGCGACAUGCAGUUCAUCAAGCGCGAGAUGGAGAGCAUGAACGGCUUCCUCCAGGACGCGACCGACGACGGCCACGGCGGCGGCGGCGUCAGCAACCAGGUCCGGGCGUGGAGGAGGCAGGUCCACGAGCUCGCCUUCGACUCCCAGAGCUGCGUCGACCGCUACGUCCACACGUUCGGCGCGAGCCACCCCGCCGCGGGGGCCGGCCUGCUCGCAUCCUUCGGCCGGGUGCCGGAGCUGGUGCGGACGCUGCCCACCCGCCACCGCAUCGCGACGGAGAUCCGGGAGCUCAAGGACCGGGCGCUCGAGGUGGGCGAGCGCCGCCAGAGGUACGGCGUCGUUACGCCGGUGCCCAAGGUGGUGGAAGCCAGCAGCACUGCGGUGGCUCGUCGGCGUGCUGCCAUCGCCAACCAGGAGGCCGAGGACGCGCGGAAGCGCGCCGCCCUGGACAGCGCCCGCGCGCUGUUCGACGACGACGAGCGUGCCAAGGAGCUGGUGGCGUGGAUGAUGGGGGCGCCUCCGGCCGUUCCACGCGGCAGGCUCCGGCGGAACCAGCUUGUUACCGCCGGCCAGCUGAUAAAGAAGCUGUUCACCGGCGGUGGCGGGUCCAACGACGCCUACGAUCUGAUGAUGGAGGUGAUGAAGCUGGUCCGGGGACUCUCCGACAGCGACAACCCGGAGAACGUGGUGGAGGGCGCAGGCUACCUCAGGGAAGCUAUGCAGGAGGUGGACAAGCAGGAAGUGAAGGUGAUGGCGAGCUGGCUGCUGGACAUGCUGCUGGGCCGUGCUGACAUGCCUCAGGAGAAAGACAAGGAUAGAGCUGGUGUUGGACAGGAGCUGUUAGCGGAUGUGGUCAGGGCAGUGCAUGCUCCAAUCGAGAAGUUCUUAGAGCACACCGAAGCAUUGGCAAACCUUUCAUUUUCAUGGAGUGAUCCGAUCAAGCCUAUAAAUGACUUGAGGGAUGCUAUACAUGACCUGAUGGAUGUGUUCAUCGCGCUGAGAGGGCCAAUACUGAGGUUCUUAGGCAUUUCCAAGCAGGAGGAGAAAGAGAAGGAGAAGGAUGGCGAUGGCUCGUCGUCGUCGGCUCGAUCUCGACGACAUGGCAGCGCAGGUCUAGCUGCAAAUGAGAACCUGCUGGAGAUGAUGAAGAAUGCAAAAGAGCCGAUGGAGGUGGCCAGGGCUGAGGCGAGGUACGUCGUGGCACGCUUCUUCUGGCUGUGCCACGUGUUGUACCUCUCGAAGAGACAAGAUAAGCCGGUACCCAAAGUCAUCGCCAUUGUAACACCGCCUGUUGAGGAAACGAGCGGUGGUGACGAUGGGCCAGAGGAGGUACCUGAAGACACUCAUGCCACAGAGCUCGCAAGGAAGGUCUACAACCAUCCAAGCGCGAGCAACUAUUUCAGCACCAAGGUGUGGGUGGACGCCAAGCAAAACCCGGAUCUCAAGGACAUGCUCUUCGGUGAUCAUCAAGAUGUGAAGCCGACGACGGACUGGAGCGAGGAGAAGCUGAAGGCCGAGAUCGCAAAUUGUCUCAAGGGCAAAAGGUUCUUGAUCGUGCUCGCCGAUGCCGAGGACGACAACUCAUGGCAGGACAUAACCUCUGGGCUGCCGGACCACGGCGACAGUGCCGUCAUUAUAACCCCAAGGAUAAGGUACCUGGCCCAGUUUCAUGGGUGGUACACGGCUAGCUGGUUCUUCCUGGUCACAGGUGCCUCCUCCCGGUACAAUGUACACUUCUGCUCCAACCUUGUUGGCAUUGGCAAGCUGGCCGCUCAGCUGGUCGGCAGUGACCAGCUUCCGGCCGAUAUCAGUGCAAUCCUCAAGAAAUGCCUCUGGGACUCCUUCGCCACCAAGAUGUUCCUCCAUGCCCUGUAUGUCAACCCCAAUCGAAGUGAUGGCGAACUGGAGAGGUUGAUGUUUGGCCUGAGGUAUGCUAGCAGUGUGAGCAAUGCCAGGCGCAUGGUACAGUUCUGCUACGAUGACCUGCCAAGGCAGUUCCAGAGCUGCCUCCUGAACCUAUCCAUUUUUCCUCGAGAAGACGAAGAAGGCAAAGGCGAGAGGAUAAUGAAGCUCAAGAGGACAAGCCUAGUCCGGCGGUGGGCGGCUGAAAACUUCGUCAGUGGCAGAGAUGGGCUGGCUGCCGUGGAUGAAGCCGACCGCUGCUUCGACGCGCUCGUCGCUCGAGGCCUCCUUGAUCCUGCCGACAUUGGGCCGGCGGGCAAAGUCAAGACCUGCACCCUGGAUCCCCGUGUCCUCUCCUUCAUCACCAAGAUGGCCAGCAGCGAUGCUAUCAUCACCGACGGCAGGGAUCUCCCACCCAACAUGGCUCACCACCUUUCCACCAGCAGUGUAGUCCUGCAACGACUGAUGGAGGACCAGUCUGCUGCCAAUUCCAACACCUGCUUCGGCAUGAUCCAUGGCCGCCGCCGACGCCGACACACUACUAGUCGCCCGUCGGCCGCUGACGCCGGAGACGAUGCAGUGGUAACUUUCCUCACCUCGUUGCCGGCAUCUUCCGAUCAGCUGGGGUUGGUCAAGUUGCUCGACCUAGAAGGCUGCAAAGGACUGACGAAGCGGCGCCUCAAGAAGAUCUGCAACAAGAUUUUCCAGCUCAAGUACCUCAGCCUAAGGAACACGGAUGCAGCCGAGCUGCCCAAGGAAAUCAACAGGCUCCGGUACCUGGAGACACUUGACAUCAGGGAAACCGCUAUAAGGUCAUUCCCUGCAAACACCAUCGCCCUCCCGAAGCUGAUGCAUCUCCUUGCUGGCCGCAUUGGAGCUACAGGUCAUGAGAAGAGUUCGUCUGAAGGCAUCAGAUCAUCGGACAAGCAAUUUUCCGCAGUGCAGCUGCCUACCGGUAUCGGUAGCAUGACAAACAUGCAGGUGCUGUCCCAUGUUGAGGUCUCAAAGGAUGACGAGGAUGAGUUCAGAAAUGUUGGCCGGAAGCUGCAGUUGAGGAAGCUGGGUGUGGUUGUCCGCGGCGAGCAACCUAUCUUAGCUUUGCUUCGGGUUGUCGGGAUGCUGCAUGAAAGCCUAUGCUCACUGUCGGUCCAUCUUCAUCCGGCAGAGCGUAGUGAGGGUGAUGCUCGGGGAAAAGCUGAAGUAGCGAAUGAUGGUGGUGGUCAUGCUUUCACCAUCAACACAACCGAGAUACCCAAAUCUCUGGAAAGCCUCAACAUCAACGGCAAGAUAAGUGAGCUGCCCACUUGGGUUAGACAGCUUCAUCGACUUACCAAGAUAACCCUGUGCCGUACCAGCUUGAGAGGAGAAGAUGUACACAGGCUGGGUGAGCUUGCCAACUUGCGCUGCAUCAGGCUCUUGCAUCAGUCAUAUGCCGAACAGAAGCUCACUUUCAGCACGAGAGAAUUCAGGAAAUUGGAGCUCCUUGUCAUCGAGGACUUGGGAAUAUCUGACGUGAACUUUGCUGAGAAUGCAGCUCCCAAUCUCAAGAAGAUAGACUGGAGUUUCACCAGAAAGGACAUUACUCUGUCUGGAAUCAAAAAGUUAUCCAACCUAAAGGAGGUUCAUCUCAAUGGCCACUGUGAUGACAACACCCUGAGUAAGAUUAAACAGGACCUCAAUGAGAAUUCAAACCUCCCAAAACUUUCUGUCAGAUCUAUGAGCUAG